GUGGCAGCGUGACGUGUCGCAGGCAUGGCGGCGCUGAGUUAGCACCGCUGAUAGCCUCUCUGUCGGUAGCCUUGUUUGUAUCCUGUCUGUAUUCGUAGGGCCAGGCCGCAAAAUGACGGCCUGAGGGAACAGCGCUGAUUCAAGCGAGAGAUGUACCAACAGUACCAGCAGCAGUCAAAGACAGAAAGCAGCAAAACCAAGAGCAUGUUUCUGUCUCGGGCGCUGGAGAAGAUUUGUCGGAUAAGGAGGGUGAAGAGGAGCCAGCACAGCCAACUGCGCAAAGCCUGUCAGAUAGCGCUCGAAGAAAUCAAGUCUGAGCUUGAGAAGCAGAAAGAUGGUACAGUCGUCCCGCCCAGAGUGAACUACAUUGAGGCAGACAAAUAUGUGUUGCCCUUUGAGCUGGCCUGUCAGUCAAAGUCACCGCGAAUAGCGAGCAUCUCGUUGGACUGUUUGCAGAAACUGAUCGCGUAUGGCCACAUCACAGGAAAAGCUCCAGACAGCAGAACCCCGGGAAAGAGGCUGAUUGACCGGCUGGUGGAAACGGUCUGUAACUGUUUCCAGGGUCCUCAGACUGAUGAGGGAGUCCAGCUACAGAUCAUCAAGGCUUUGCUGACAGUGGUGACGUCCCCACACAUUGAGAUUCAUGAAGGCACGGUGCUGCUUACCGUCAGGACCUGUUACAACAUCUAUCUGGCCAGUCGUAACCUCAUCAACCAGACCACUGCAAAGGCCACUCUCACACAGAUGCUCAAUGUUAUCUUCACAAGAAUGGAGAACCAGGCUGCUCUGGAGGCCCAGGAACAAGAGAAGGACCGUCUGCGACUGGCCCGCCAGAACCCAUCUCCAGUUUCAGGAGGUCAGAGAUCCGGCUCACCUCGGUCUGACCGGGCACUGACUCCAGAUCCACAAAACUCCCCAGCAGCCAGCACACCAGAUCUCACCACCACCUCCUCCACAGCCCAUUCUCCAUCCACAGGACCAGAACUGGACCAGGGCCACCUCAGAGAUGCACCAUCAAUCAAUGGGGAGCCAGAAAGAAGCAACAAAGCGUCAACAGAUUCAGCUUUUGAAGAUGAAAGUGCAGAAACAUCUCAUGUCAUGGCCCAGUCAGAGGAUGAACAACAGAAACCACAGAGUGAUCCCAAUCCAGAAGGAUCGGCGGGGAUUGAAGUAGAGGAAGGGGGUCAGCCAUCACAAGAAGCAGAGAUACACACUGGAACAGGAACUGAGCAACCUGCCCACCCUGUCAUCUUGCAGACAGAGGUGGCACCCCCAAGGGUGAGAACAGAGGGUCAUCAGAUGAAUGGCAUCAUUGAGGACCGUGGUUCUGUUUCCUCAGCUGAUAUGCUGGAAAACGAGACCCUGCCUGGACCCCACACUACUGCUCGUUUCUCUCACAUCCUGCAGAAAGAUGCCUUUUUAGUAUUUCGCUCAUUAUGCAAACUCUCCAUGAAGCCCCUCGCCGAUGGCCCUCCAGACCCAAAGUCCCACGAGUUGCGGUCUAAGAUUGUUUCGUUACAGUUGCUGCUCUCGGUGCUGCAGGGUGCUGGGCCAGUAUUUCGCACUCAUGAGAUGUUUGUUAAUGCCAUUAAACAGUAUCUUUGUGUGGCGCUUUCCAAAAAUGGUGUGUCCUCUGUGCCUGAAGUUUUUGAACUCUCACUGGCCAUCUUCCUCACCUUGCUCUCGCACUUCAAAGUUCACCUGAAGAUGCAGAUUGAGGUGUUUUUUCGUGAGAUAUUUCUAACCAUCCUGGAGACGGCGACUAGCUCCUUUGAACACAAAUGGAUGGUUAUCCAGACUCUAACACGUAUUUGUGCGGAUGCUCAGUGUGUGGUCGACAUUUAUGUGAAUUAUGAUUGUGACUUGAAUGCCGCAAACAUCUUUGAGCGCCUUGUCAAUGACCUGUCUAAGAUUGCCCAGGGGAGGAGUGGUCAGGAGCUCGGUAUGACACCUCUGCAGGAACUUAGUCUACGAAAAAAGGGUUUGGAGUGUCUUGUGUCCAUCCUUAAAUGUAUGGUGGAAUGGAGCAAAGAUAUGUAUGUCAAUCCAAACCUUCAAGCUAAUUUAGGCCAGGAAAAUCCAUCUGAUAAUGAUGGAGGAGACCUGAAGCUGCCAGAGCAAUUGCUUGGACGGCGAGACAGCAUCAGUUCGCUGGACUCCACGGUCUCCUCUAACGUCCCAGUUUGCCAGGUGGAUCAUCCUGAACAGUAUGAGGUCAUCAAACAACAGAAAGACAUCAUUGAGCAUGGCAUUGAACUUUUCAACAAGAAGCCAAAGCGAGGCAUCCAGUACCUGCAGGAACGGGGCAUGCUGGGUUCCACAACUGCUGAUAUAGCCCAGUUCCUUCAUCAGGAAGACAGACUGGACACGACUCAGGUGGGCGAGUUUUUGGGUGAGAAUAUCAAGUUCAACAAAGAGGUGAUGUACAGCUACGUCGACCAAUUGGACUUUUGUGGCAGAGACUUUGUAUCUGCACUCAGAGCUUUUCUGGAGGGCUUCAGGCUUCCUGGGGAGGCCCAAAAGAUUGACAGGUUGAUGGAGAAGUUUGCAGCACGAUAUCUGGAAUGUAACCAGGGCCAGACUCUGUUUGCUAGUGCAGACACUGCAUAUGUGCUGGCAUACUCCAUAAUUAUGCUCACCACAGACCUUCACAGUCCUCAGGUGAAAAACAAGAUGACAAAGGAGCAGUACAUAAAGAUGAACCGUGGUAUUAACGACAGUAAGGACCUGCCAGAGGAAUAUCUGUCUUCCAUAUAUGAUGAAAUUGCAGGCAAGAAAAUUGCCAUGAAGGAGAGCAAAGAGUUUUCAAUCACUCCCAAGUCAGCAAAGCAAAGUGUAGCCAGUGAAAAGCAGCGGCGUCUUCUCUACAACAUGGAGAUGGAGCAGAUGGCAAAGACAGCUAAAGCUCUGAUGGAGGCAGUCAGCCACGCUCAGGCACCUUUCUUCAGCGCUACACACCUGGAGCAUGUUAGACCGAUGUUCAAGUUGGCAUGGACUCCUUUGCUGGCAGCUUUCAGUGUGGGACUUCAGGACUGUGAUGACACAGAUGUGGCCUCGCUGUGUCUGGAAGGGAUUCGUUGUGCUGUUCGGAUUUCCUGUAUCUUUAGCAUGCAGCUGGAGCGGGACGCAUAUGUCCAGGCCUUGGCCAGAUUCACACUGCUGACGGCCAGUUCCAGUAUCACGGAGAUGAAGCAGAAGAACAUUGACACCAUCAAGACUCUGAUCACUGUGGCCCACACUGAUGGAAAUUACUUGGGCAAUUCCUGGCACGAGAUUCUGAGAUGCAUUAGUCAGCUGGAGCUUGCCCAGCUAAUUGGUACGGGGGUGAAGACACGCUACAUCUCAGGUGUGGUCCGGGACAAGGAGAUAGGCAUCAAGGGCUUACCAUCUGGGACAGAGGAGUUCAUGCCCCUGGGACUUGGUACGUUGGUGGGAAGUCAGGACAAGAGACAGAUAGCGCAUAUCCAGGAGUCGGUAGGAGAGACCAGUUCUCAGAGUGUUGUGGUAGCUGUGGACAGAAUUUUUACUGGUUCCACCAGACUAGAUGGAAAUGCAGUCGUGGACUUUGUGCGCUGGCUGUGCGCGGUGUCCAUGGAUGAACUGGCCUCUGCACAUCAGCCGAGGAUGUUCAGCUUGCAGAAAAUUGUAGAAAUCUCCUACUACAACAUGAAUCGCAUCAGGCUUCAGUGGUCGCGAAUCUGGCAUGUCAUCGGAGACCACUUCAAUAAGGUUGGCUGUAACCCAAAUGAGGAUGUAGCCAUCUUUGCCGUGGACUCACUGAGGCAGCUUUCUAUGAAGUUCUUGGAGAAAGGAGAGCUGGCCAAUUUCCGCUUCCAGAAAGACUUCCUCAGACCCUUUGAACACAUCAUGAAGAAGAACAGAUCUCCCACGAUCAGAGACAUGGUGAUCAGGUGUGUGGCUCAGAUGGUAAAUUCCCAGGCAGCCAACAUCCGUUCAGGUUGGAAGAACAUCUUUUCAGUGUUUCACCAGGCAGCAUCGGACCACGACGAGACGAUAGUGGAGCUGGCCUUCCAGACUACUGGCCACAUUGUCAUGAACACUUUCCAGCAGCACUUUGCGGCAGCUAUCGACUCUUUCCAGGAUGCAGUCAAGUGCCUGUCAGAGUUUGUGUGUAAUGCAGCCUUCCCUGACACCAGCAUGGAAGCCAUCAGACUCAUACGUCACUGUGCCAGAUACGUGUCUGAAAGGCCGCAGGCUCUGAGAGAAUACACCAGUGAUGACAUGAAUGUUGCCCCUGGUGAUAGGGUGUGGGUUCGUGGUUGGUUUCCCAUCCUGUUUGAGCUCUCCUGUAUCAUCAACCGCUGCAAGUUGGAUGUCCGGACCAGAGGUCUGACGGUCAUGUUUGAGAUCAUGAAGAGUUAUGGCCACACCUUUGAGAAGCAUUGGUGGCACGAUCUCUUCAGGAUCGUCUUCCGCAUCUUCGACAACAUGAAACUUCCUGAACAGCAAACAGAGAAAACAGAGUGGAUGACAACAACUUGUAACCACGCACUGUAUGCCAUCUGUGACGUCUUCACCCAGUUUUAUGAGCCUCUCAGUGAAAUCCUGCUUUCAGACAUAUUCACACAGCUGCAGUGGUGUGUCAGACAGGACAACGAGCAGCUGGCUCGGUCGGGUACCAACUGUCUGGAGAACCUGGUGAUUCUGAAUGGAGAGAAGUUCAGCAACAAAGUCUGGAACGUUACCUGCUCCUGCAUGCUGGAUUUCCAAACUACCAGCCCUCAUGCUUUGUUGACAUGGCGACCAGCUGGACAGGAAGAGGAAUCGACUGAUGGGAAGCAUUUUGAUGCUGACUUUGACAACCAAUCCCAGAGCAGCUACGACAGAGCUCUGUCUGAGAGAGGACACAGUCAGAUGUCCAGUGACGACACCUGGAAGGGACGACCUCAUGCUCGAGUUUCUGACCAGAAGCUCUUUGCAGGACUGCUGAUUAAAUGUGUGGUGCAGCUUGAACUAAUACAGACUAUAGACAACAUUGUUUUCUAUCCUGCAACCAGCAAGAAGGAGGACGCUGAGAACAUGGCUGCUGCCCAGCGUGAUACUCUGGAAGAAUCUGAGGUUGAACGAGGAGAGUCUGGUGCAGAUCAGGGUAUGUACAGAUAUUUAGCCUCGGUGCAUCUCUUCAAGCUACUGGAUUGUUUGCUGGAGUCACACACCUUUGCCAAGGACUUCAACUCCAACAACGAACAGAGGACGGCACUCUGGAGGGCAGGCUUUAAAGGAAAAUCGAAGCCUAACUUACUGAAGCAGGAGACCAGCAGUCUGGCCUGCAGCCUCAGGAUUUUGUUUAGGAUGUACUCUGACCCUCAGCUGCAAGACUCUUGGCCUGACAUCCAGACACGCCUUCUGCUGGUGUGUAGUGAAGCUCUGGCCUACUUCAUCAGUCUGACCUCAGAGAGCCACAGAGAGGCCUGGAACUGCCUUCUGAUGCUGCUGCUCACCAGGACACUGCGGCUACCCGACGACAAGUUUAAGCCCCAUGCUUCCUGCUAUUAUCACCACUUGUGUGAAAUGAUGCAGUUUGACCUCAUCCCCGAGCUGCGUGCUGUACUCAGGCGUUUCUUCCUGCGCAUCGGCUCUGUCUUCCACAUAUCUGCUCCUGAGGUGGGUCCCUGCUGGACGGCAGCAUCCUAAAAUGUGUGGAGCGGUACUACAGGAAAAAUGAAGCUGCCGGCAUUCUUUGGCGAUGGCCACUACACCGGAACAGACUUUACUCCUUUCACGCUGAAGCAGUUUACAGAGGGAGAUCAGCGUCUGUAGCUUUUCUCACUCUGUUCUCAGUUCCUCUUGUUUCAGAGAGAACAGAAACAUUAAAGUGUUGAGUUUUUCUCCCCUUUCCCUCCUGUGUCCCUCCUUUCUCUCUGGGAUGAACAGCACUGUGACAGCGCCCCCCUCAUCGCACCACUCAUAUCUCUCACUGCAUUGACAGCAAAAUAACUGUUAAUUUAUUUAUACUGUAUUGUUGAGACCCCUGCAUUUUAUUUUCUUUUUCCCCUUUGAGCUUGGUGGGUUUUUUGUAAUUAAAUGUAUAAAGGUUGAAAGCAAACAAGCGCUUUACAAAAACCUCUUUUGGCCGCCUGUGCCUGUUGUGAAAACGCUGAGCAGUUUGGUGAUGAUGUGUGAACACUGAUUUCUCUGUGCCCAUCGCAAACCAUUGUGAAUCCCUUUCCUGUCUGUGGUGUUUGGUGGCGGGUUGGUCUUAUUGUUACGGUGAAACUGAGCUGCAGGAGACAAACUGUCAACCUCAGAAUCAACGACAUUGCACAACGUGGUUUGUGGGAAGUCACAGCUCUGACACGACCAUCCCCUUACGGCUCAUCAAGGAGAUUUAAAUAGUUUUGGCUGUUAUUUAGGAUAACUGCUGCUUUACAGUGUAAAGUUUGUUGAAAGCCAGGAUACUUCCCUGUGCCAUAUUAACACUGCACAGCGUUGGACUGAACGUGAUGUCAGCUCUUCCUGCGUGGAAUUACACUACCCUCAAAACAAAACCGCCAAAAGCUUCACAAAGUCGUGCGCUGGCCUCUGCAGUGACACGGAGGUUGUUUAUCUCCCAUGUUGUUUUGCACACCUGCUGUCUGCGUGGGGCAGAUUCAUGCAUUACGGCCGCUCGCUGUGGGUGGCUGCUGGAACUCCCGUCAGUGUUGUUGUGUUCAGCAGCAGAAUCCAAGCAUCCCGGAAUGGAGCGAAACCAAAGCUCGCUUCCAGAGAUAGGGAAAUCUCUUUUGCCUGAUUCCAUCAUACUUAUUUACAUGCCUUUUUUAAAAAGGAGGAUGUAUGUAAUUAUUUAAAGUGCAUUUAAAUAUUUUUGAGAAGCAUUCCUUCCCUUGCAACUCUGGAUGUCUACUUUUCUUCCCUAAAAUUAGGGAGUAUAUAAAUAUUUACAGUAUAUACAGUGAAAGGAAAAACAGUGUAAAGUUUUCAUUGUAAAAUACAUAGAAAUGAAACUACUAUCUGAUUCUAUACAUAAUAAUAUUGUGAUGUAAUCUUACAAACAUUUGGUGAAGUAAUCAAUAAAUCUCAUCUCUGA